AUUCAACAGGCAGCAGCGCUGCGGUCGCGCCGCCGGAGAGAGCGAGCAUCAGUGCGUCCGCGUUUCUCUGGCUUUCCGUCCGCGGCCCUGUCACCAGGAGCGCGACGCCAGCUUGCCGUUCAGUCCGCGUAGCCUGUCCCGAGGAGUCCGGGUGCGGAUGGACCCGCGAAGUUAAGUUCUGAGCUCGCUCUUCAUUGCCCCGCGCCGGGCUCCGGGUUUCCGUCCGCUCGCGGCGCUGACCUCGGCCGCCAGACCUCGGCCGGCUCGCGGCGCCCUUUCACCCCCGCGCUCGCUCUCCCCUCCUGCGUUCUCCGCGGCUGGGGGAGGGGCGGGGGUCACCAUGGCCGAGGCGCCCCAGGUAGUGGAGAUCGACCCGGACUUCGAGCCGCUGCCCCGGCCGCGCUCGUGCACCUGGCCGCUGCCCAGGCCGGAGUUCAGCCAGUCCAGCUCGGCCACCUCCAGCCCUGCGCCGUCGGGCGGCGCGGCCGCGAACCCCGACGCUGCCGCGAGCCUGGCCCCGGCCCCGGCCCCGGCCGCCGCUGUCAGCGCUGACUUCAUGAGCAGCCUGAGCCUGCUGGAGGAGACCGAGGACUUCCCGCGGGCGCCCGGCUCCGUGGCGGCGGCGGUGGCGGCGGCCGCCGGCGGGGGGCUGUGCGGGGACUUCCAGGGCCCCGAGGCGGGAUGUCUGCACUCGGCGCCGCCGCCGCCUCCCGGGCCGCUACCGCAGCACCCGCCCGUACCCCCCGCCGCCGGUCCGCUCGCGGGUCAGCCGCGCAAGAGCAGCUCGUCCCGCCGCAACGCCUGGGGCAACCUGUCCUACGCCGACCUCAUCACUAAGGCCAUCGAGAGCUCGGCCGAGAAGCGGCUCACGUUGUCGCAGAUCUAUGAGUGGAUGGUCAAGAGUGUGCCCUACUUCAAGGACAAGGGCGACAGCAACAGUUCGGCGGGCUGGAAGAAUUCAAUUCGACAUAAUCUGUCCCUACACAGCAAAUUCAUUCGUGUGCAGAAUGAAGGAACUGGAAAAAGUUCUUGGUGGAUGCUCAAUCCAGAAGGAGGCAAGAGUGGAAAGUCCCCUAGGAGAAGAGCUGCGUCCAUGGACAACAACAGUAAAUUUGCUAAGAGUCGAGGCCGAGCUGCUAAGAAAAAAUCAUCCCUCCAGUCUGGCCAAGAAGGUGCUGGGGACAGCCCUGGAUCACAGUUUUCCAAAUGGCCUGCGAGCCCUGGCUCUCACAGCAAUGAUGACUUUGAUAACUGGAGUACAUUUCGCCCUCGAACUAGCUCAAAUGCUAGCACUAUCAGUGGGAGACUGUCCCCCAUUAUGACGGAACAGGAUGACCUGGGAGACGGGGAUGUGCACUCCUUGGUGUACCCACCGUCUGCUGCCAAGAUGGCUUCUACUCUGCCCAGUCUGUCUGAGAUAAGCAAUCCUGAAAACAUGGAAAACCUGUUGGAUAAUCUCAACCUUCUGUCAUCCCCAACACCAUUAACUGUUUCAACCCAGUCUUCGCCUGGCAGCAUGAUGCAGCAAACGACAUGUUACUCCUUUGCACCGCCAAAUACCAGUCUGAACUCCCCCAAUCCAAACUACCAAAAAUACACAUAUGGCCAAUCCAGCAUGAGCCCUUUGCCCCAGAUGCCUAUGCAAACACUUCAGGACAACAAAUCUAGUUACGGAGGAUUGAAUCAGUAUAACUGUGCCCCAGGACUCUUAAAGGAGUUACUUACUUCUGACUCUCCGCCCCAUAAUGACAUCAUGUCACCAGUUGAUCCUGGGGUGGCUCAACCCAAUAGCCGGGUCCUGGGCCAGAAUGUGAUGAUGGGCCCUAAUUCGGUCAUGCCAACCUAUGGCAACCAGGCAUCUCAUAACAAAAUGAUGAAUCCCAACUCCCAUACCCACCCUGGACAUGCCCAGCCAACAUCUGCAGUAAACGGGCGCUCCCUGCCCCAUGCAGUGAACACCAUGCCUCAUACCUCAAGUAUGAGCCGUCUGACCCCAGUGAAGACACCUUUACAAGUGCCUCUUUCCCAUCCCAUGCAGAUGAAUGCUCUGGGCUAUUCUUCAGUGAGCAGCUGCAAUGGCUAUGGCAGGAUGGGCCUUCUCCACCAGGAGAAGCUCCCAAGUGACUUGGAUGGAAUGUUUAUUGAGCGUUUGGACUGUGACAUGGAGUCCAUCAUUCGGAAUGACCUCAUGGAUGGAGACACCUUGGAUUUUAACUUUGACAAUGUGUUGCCCAACCAAAGCUUCUCACACAGUGUCAAGACGACGACACACAGCUGGGUGUCGGGCUAAGAGUUAGUGAGCAGGCUACAGAGUCAUUCAGAAUGUCUGACAGCAGGAACCGAGAGAAGCAGUCCAAAGAUGUCCUUCACCCAUCCUUCUGGUUUUCUUGAUUUAAAAAAAAAAAAAAAAAAAAAAAAAUUCUUCCUUUUUCUUUUCAUCAGAGUUGGCAGCAAAGUUACUUUUCCUGUACAGGAUGUUUGCCUAAUGUUUGCAGGUUAUGUGCUGCUGUAGAUAAGGACUGUGCCAUUGGAAAUUUCUUUACAAUGAAGUGCCAAACUCACUACACCAUAUACUGCAGAAAAGACUUUUGGAUCCUGGUAUGCUUUCAGGUUUUGUAUAUAAACAGUAGAUACAAAAUUGUAUUUGUGUGUUUUUGUUUUUUUAAAUACCCAUUUGGUCCAAGGAAAGUUUAUACUGUUUUUGUAAUACUGUGAUCAUGUCUUGAUAAGUUAAACAUUUGUUUGUACUACCUGUGUUCUGCUGAAGUGAUGAAUCACAAAAAACUGAGCUCUGCUACACCUCCACUGAGUGACUCUGGACCUGUUCACAUGCCACAGGAUUCACAUGAGAACCAAGUAGCCUGUUACCAAUCUGCUGAGUCAAUGGACUUGUCAAACUUCUGGGGGAAAAAUAGAUUAAGCGCCAGCCUUGUAUAGGUCUUUUCUAUUUUUUUUAUUUUGUUAUUUGCAAAUUUGUAAAAACACUUAAAAUGGUUCUAAUUUCCAGAUAAAUGAUUUUUGAUGUCAUUGUUGGGACUUGAGAUCAUUUUUGGAAUAGAUAUUGAACUGCAAUGUUUUCUUAAAACUAGAGUCUACUUUGUUACAUUGUCCGCUUGUAAAUUUGUGGAAUCAUAGGUAUUUUCUGGGACAGCAUUCAUAAUUUUCAUUUUGUAUUUCUAACUGGAUUAGUACUAAUUUUAUAUGUGCUUAACUGGUUUGUAUACUUUGGGAUGCUACUUGGUGGUGUUUCUGACUAAUCUUAAAUCAUUGUAAUUAGUACUUGCAUACUCAAUGUUUUUAGCCCUGUUUGGGCAAGAAAGUGAUGUAUAGUUAUGAACACUUUGCAUUUUGUAUUUAGAAGAACUAAAUAUGUUUUUAUGUAUGUAUUUUAAAGAAAUUGCACCUGCUUCUGUUAUCUUGUGAACUGUGUGCACUGCAUAGCGUCUCCUGUGGUAGAUACCUAUAUGUUGCAUUGUUACAGUUAUUUCUGGGAGGCCUCAUAAUGUUUGUAGAUCAGAAAGGGAGACCUACAGCUAAAAUAAUUCUGAUACGUCAAACUGGCAGUCUUGGUCAGCUUAACCAUUUUGAGUUGUGCUUUAGCAAAAAUGACCCUAAAGUCUCUGUGCUUUUGUUUCAGUUCAGGUGGGGUUGGUUUUGCAGCUCUGCUUUGAGGAGUUGUGUCCCUCCUCACUUUCCAUCACUCUUUAUUCCAACUUUCAAAGUUUUAAACUAAAGGAGGAAGGUUAGAAAUAUAACUAAAGUGAUUUGUUUUAGAAUGGUUGUAUUUCUAAGUAGAGUUGUCUUUCAAGUGAACUUGAACUCAUUUAAAAGUAGGGGCAAUUAAUUUGAAGACCAACCAACUAGCUUUAACUUACAGAUUUGAAGUGACUUCAAAAGCUUUAUCCUAGGUUGAGAAUUUGACUAUUUCUUUAGCCUUUAGCAUCCUGUACUAUACUGCAAUCAUGGUAUUUUAAUACUUCACAGUUACUAAGUAACGGACAGAUCAGGUUAGUUGGCAUUGCCUCCCAUUCACUCCAUUAGGGUUUCAGGCAUGUGGAAUGCCCAGGCUCAUCAGGAGAGGAGGAUCAGUGGUGGGUUCUCUUGUCUUCUUGAGAAGACUGGUUUCUCUGUACACAGUCCAAAUCACACUUGCUGCUUUUUCUUGUAUGUUCAUUGCAUCCCUCUUGGUGUGUUUUUCCCCUCAUAUGUAACAAGAACGCAAGUGUUCCUGAAAGACCAGCUGCAUGAUAAACUUUCUACCAUAAUUUUCAGUAUUUCAAACCCUUGAAAUCACCCCCUCUGACCAUCUUCUUUGGCCUCUCCUAAAUGUGAGAAACCCAUUUUUCUGUAAGAAGUGCCUCCUGUGUCAUAGAAAGUUUUGGUGUCAGAGAACUCGUGCUCACUUCUGCUCCCCCGUCCAUUCUUCCUCUUUGCUCCCAUAUAAACCAUUACUUCAUUGUGACAGGAGCUGCAGAACUCCUCUUCACAGGCAGCCAGCAACCGCUAAAAUCACUGUUAAAACCUUGCUCCUUCAGAAGUGACUUUGGAAGAUAGUUCUUCCUCUUGAGCCCAUUUUCCUUUGGAUUGAAAUCCUAACAUGAAUCCUGAGUAGCUCUCUGGGGUACAGUGAAGUCCAGGGAAAGAUGUCUAUUUUGAAAACGAACAUCAUGUGGCCUCUGGGAGUUCUUUUUCUAUAAGAAUACUGACUUUCUGGAGUAAUUAGUUUACUAUUGUACAUGAUUGCUUUGUGAAAUGUGCAUACGAUAUCACCUAUGCAGCCUUGUUUGAUUUAUUUCCUCCAGUUUGUACUGUUAUUAAAAGCGUAUUGUAUUAUAGAGCUAUUCAGAUAUUUUAAAUAUAAAGAUGUAUUGUUUCUGUAAUAUAGAUGUAUGGAAUAUAUUUAGGAAAUAGGUGCAUUACUUGGAAAAUUCUCCUUUGACAAACUGACAAAUUGUAGGCUAAUUAGCAAAUGUUGUAUCCCAGUGAGCAGUAAAUCAAGGGAACAUCCUAAGACGAGGAUAAGGACACUUGAAAUGGAAAUAGUCACCCAAAAGAGUAAAAUUUGGGCUUACUCACCUGCUGGGUUUAUAUUACCAGUCCUCCCCUUUACCUCUCUAAAACUCGAAAUUCUUGGAGUUCUUAAAAAUUUCUAACUUACCACGGAUUUUAGAUGAGAAAUUUCUCUUGUGGUUUCAGUUUGGGAAUAAUGAGUAAAACACGCAGUGUUGUAUACAGACAGAGCAGCCUGGUGUUCUGAUGGCCCCUCCUUGAGGCGUGGCCCAGCCUGGCACUGUGGCUGGGGGCCGUGUAAGUCCCGUCAGGAUAGUCACUCUCUCCCACCUUUGCCACCGAGCUUAGUGACAGUGCAGAUUCCAUGUUUCUGUUUCGAUACUCUGAGAAGUGCCUGAUGACGCUGAUGUACUUACAGGUACAAGAACAAUCUUUGCUAUAAUUGUAUAAAGCCAUAAAUGUAUAUAAAUUA